AUUUCAAGCAGACGACACCAGAGGAUCCCAGGCGAAGCUGUGGCAGUGCUGCAAGUGGCAUCUGAGUUGGUGCUAGGAAACUUGGACUCGUAAUUCGGUUCUGAAGAUCCCUGUUAUGUUGGUCUGACGAUCCUUGGCGCUGUCUAGGUAGUAACGGACCUUCAGUAGAGGUUGAUCCACGGCCACCUGCCAUCCGACUGUGCUCGCAGGGUUCGUCCGGCGAAACCGACAGGCUUUCCGGGACAAUAAAAGGCCGGAAAAGGCCGUCGAGUGACACUAGUUACAAUCGCGGGUGCGGGUCGUCCGGUAGCGUAGUCCAUGCUAGCCUGCUGAUAGGAGCGGGAGCUGCAGGGCGUUACGUGUUACGUGUUACAUCUCAUUCCUUCCCUAGCCUUUCAACCGCAAGCCACGUAGUUACGUGUUCUCUGUUUUCCGUGGCAACCCGCUCUCAGUACCCAGUCGUCGCCGCAGCAGCAACCCACGCUCAGCCAAGCGCGCCGCAAAGCGAAGCCAAUUGCAAUAGCGAAUCAGACAAUAGCGAAGAAGUUGCUGCUUAGGAGGAAGCCUAGUAGCAUCGUUGCAGUAUACAUUCCAACCCUAACUCACGAUUUUCAAAAGUGAUUACAUGUGUCGAUCCAUGUGACCCCAGCGUCAGGGUUCCGACCGUAGAUUACCUACGGCUGACCCGCCGUUCAUCUGACCCGCCGUUCAUCGGAUGAGCCCUCCGUCAGAGUCGAAGUCAUGCGUCCGCACCGCCAGCCACCAGAGGGCUCCAUCACGCGUGUAGUUCUGAGCAUACACGAUGGGCGAGUGGCGGCAAAGACAGUACCUUAUAACGAGCAAGUGAAGCAGCUGUGUCGGUCGCUGCCUGAUCGGCGGUGGGAUCAGAGCAACAAAGUAUGGACCUUCCCCAUCGCCAUGGCUGCUGAUGUGGAACGAGCCCUGCGCACCCUUCCCCGAGUGCAUGUCGAGCCGCUGCCGCUAUUGCCUGCACCGCCACAUGAAGCGUUGCCACAUGCCGGGCCAGCUGGCAUGCCACGUAUGCCAGCUGGCAUGCCGCAUAUGCAGCACGCCAUGCUGCAACCCUGCAGCCACCGCAGCAUGCUACAGCCAUCCGCCCAGCAGCUCGCUGGCACAGACACCACUGAGAGGGCUCUUAUGGAGUCUGCUGCAGGCCCUGGGCACGUGCAGGUGCUUAUAACGAGGGCCACGGAUGGACUGCUGGGUGUGCAGCUGAAGCCUUAUAAUGAGGUUCGCCAGGAGCUGGUGAAGGACGUCUGCAAGUCUCUUCCUAACCGCUUCUGGGACAAUGGAAACAAGCAGUGGAAGUACCCAUUCCAGAUGGCCGAUGAGGUGGUUGCAGCGCUCGCAUGCGUAACUGAUGUAGCUGUACAGAUAGUUGCAGAUCCUCCUUCGUUACUAUCACACUCUGAUUGGGGAGCCGACGAGGAGGAACCUGCAAGGAAGCGGCUGCGAGGCGAUGGCAGCAUAACCAAUGGCAGCACGAAUACUGGCGAAACGGUUAACGGAAGUUCUGCCCAUGCGGGCACUAUUGAUGCCGUGCCAUUCCAAUCCUCAGCUGGGCCUGGUGGUGUCAAUUUGUGCAGCUCCGUUGCAGGCUGGCAUGGGUUUGCGGCUGAAUUGACUGCUCCCAGGAUAGCGGGUGUGUCUGAUACUCAUACUGUUACUGUUGCAGCAGUGCAGCUGAGCGCAGGUGCGUCUGCAGCUGCUGGGGUUGGUGCAUUUGGUUGGGUUGGUGGGGCUGGUGCAGCGGAGGUUAGUGCUAGUGGUGCGUCUGCAGCAGCUGGUACAGGGGAGAUGCUCGCUGGCAGCAGCAUUGGCUCUGGCACGAGUAUUGGGACUGGCAGCAGCAGCAGCAGCAGCGGUUCUGGUUCCAUUUUGAGAGUUGCUCCACCUAUGGUGCCAUCUCCCGUGCCCCCAUUGGUGCCAUCUUCCCCCGUUCAGCCAUGUGGGCCUCAUCAUGCAGACUACCAGCAGCAGCAAUGGCCACUGCCACUGGCGCCACGGCAGCAGCAGCAGCAGCACCAGCCGCAGGAGCCACAGCAGCCACAGCAACAACAACCGCAACUGCAACAGCAGCACCUACAGCACCAGCAGCUACAGCAAGUCCAACAACCGCAACCACAACAGCCACAGCAGGCGCAGCAGCAGCAACAACAACAGCAGCAGCAUUGGCCACAGCAGCAACCACAACACCAGCAGCAGCAACAGCAGCUGCUGCCACUGGCGCCAUGGCAGCAGCAGCAGCAGCAGCAGGUGGUGGGUCAGAGGCAGUGUCGAAGGAUCCGCCUGCUGCCAUCGUCCAAUGGCCGUGUGGCUGCAUCCUUUGUCUUCCACCAGGAUCUCCUGGCCCCGAUGAAGAGCGUCCCCUGUUCAAUCUGGCAGCAGGAGAAGAGGCUAUGGGUCUUCCCUCUCUCCUCUCUGGAUGCUUUUUUCCAGGCCGUGCAAUCCGUGCCAACAUGUGACGUGGAGGUCGAGCCCUUGCCACCCGUGGUGCAGCGAGCGCUUGAGGAGACGGCCAAGCUGCCAGACGAUUCAGGCCGCUUCUUUGACUUGCCGGAUGACUUUCGGAAGCUUCUCAUGCCUUUCCAGGAGCAAGGCAUGCAGUUCGCUCUGUCGCGUGGCGGUCGAGUGUUGAUAGCAGACGAGAUGGGGCUGGGGAAGACAGUGCAGGCCAUAGGGCUGGCAGCGUGCUACCAUGACGAGUGGCCUGUGCUUGUGGUCACCCCCUCCUCUCUGCGGCUGCACUGGGCCAUGAGCAUUGUCAGGUGGCUCAACUUCUCCCCUGAAGACAUCACAGUGGUCAUGCCUCAGGGCGGUGCGGCUCGCAGCCUCAACGGCUUCAACUUCGUCCGAUGCGCGCGCAACCAGCCGCUCUCGCUGCAGUCGCCCUUCAACAUCGUGUCGUAUGACCUGCUGGACCGGCUGGAGCAAGAGCCAGAGAGGCCGUUCAAGGUGGUGAUAGCGGACGAGUCCCAUUACCUCAAGAACUACAAGGCCAAGCGGACAGGCCUUGCGGUGCCACGACUGCAGGCUGCCACGCGAGCCAUUCUCCUCACUGGCACACCUGCCUUGUCUCGCCCCAUCGACCUUUUCAAACAGCUGGAGGCCCUUCUGCCGCGUGCCUACCGCAAGCUGGGAGAGUAUGGCAAGAGAUACUGCCAGGGGGGGAGAUUUGGGGAGUUCACGGGGUCCAGCAAUCUGGAAGAGUUGCAUGCGGUGCUGAGCGGUACCGUCAUGAUCCGGCGCCUCAAGAAGCAAGUGCUGCCGCAGCUGCCAGCAAAACGGAGACAGCAGGUGCUCCUUAUGCUGGAGGACAAGGCCAUGAAGCCCAUCCGAGUGCUGCAAGCGCAGUUGAAGAAGGUGCGAGAGAGGAAGGCUGCCGCGGGGGAUGCAGCUGAUGGCGAGAGCCCUGUCGUACUGGAAGAAAGAGCACUUGUAUCCAAGCUCUACUCAGAGACAGCAGAAGCCAAGGUGGAUGCUGUGAGGGAGUACCUAGGCACGGUGCUGGAGGCGGGUUGCAAGUUCCUUGUGUUCGCCCAUCACAUGACCAUGAUGGAUGCUCUCUCCGACUUCUUCCAGAAGGAGAAGGUGGGUGUCAUCCGCAUUGAUGGCGGCACAGCACCCGAGAAGAGGCAGCAGCUGGUGGAUCGCUUUCAGGCGGCAGCAGACGUGCAAGUGGCGCUGCUCGGCAUCCAUGCAGCCGGUGUGGGCCUUACGCUAACAGCGGCCAGCACGGUGGUGUUCACAGAGAUGGCGUGGAAUCCGGGGGACCUGGUUCAGGCAGAGGACAGGGCGCACAGGAUAGGGCAGGCUAACGCGGUGAACAUCUACUAUCUGCAUGCCCCUGAAACCAUCGACGACCUUAUCUGGAGCGUCGUGCAGCACAAGCUGGAGAACCUGGGGCAGGUGAUGGACGGAGAGCACAACCAGUCACUGCACGUGCACAAGGACCCUCGCCAUGCCGCCUCCUCUGCGUCUUCUGCAGCCAGGAGGAGAAGCGGGGGUGAGGAGCAGGAACAGGGCAGUGGGAAGUGGGGGGGGUUGACUCAUGGCGGUGUGACCCAUGGCGGUGUGACUCAUGGUGAUGUGACUCAUGGGAGUGUGACUGUAGCGGGAGGUGGGGGUGGGGACGAGAAGAAGAGACAACGCACGAUAAGCGAGAUGUUUCAGCCGCCUGCUUAGUGCACCAGGACCCGCGCCAUACUGCCGGGUCUGCUGCUCCGACAGCCAGGAGGAGAGGAGGGGGAGAGGAGCAGGAGCAGGAACAGGGAAAGUGGGAGGAGUUGGCUCAUGGCGGUGUGUCUCAUGGCGGUGUGUCUCAUGGCGGUGUGUCUCAUGGCGGUGUGUCUCAUGGCGGUGUGUUUCAUGGCGGUGUGACUCAUGGCGGUGUGCCUCAUGGCGGUGGGGGUGAGGACGAGAAGAAGAAACAGCGCACGAUAAGGUCCCGCACCAUGCCGCCGGCUCUGCUUCUCAGACAGCCAGGAAGAGAGGAGGGGGAGAGGAGCAGGAGGAACAGGGGAGUGGGAAGUGGGGGGAGUUGACUCAUGUGAGUGUGAUUCAUGGGAAUGUGACUCAAGGUGGGUGUGUGUUCUGGUUCUGUCUGGUCUGGUGGCGCAUGGGUGUUCAUGUUGUUGUAUCCUAAGAUGCUUGUGACCAUGUCAUCAUGUCAACCCUGCUACAGCCUGUGUGUUUGUGUCAAGCGAGAUGUGCUUGUGCCUGUGUGCUUCUUUCAUGACUAGAUGAGACGCAUUUUGUGCCAUUUACCCGUACCUAUCAAAAUAUUGUUUGUUUGUUAGCCGUACCAAAGAGUCAAAGAAAUACUCU